AUGAAUCUCAUCUUCGACUUCGACGGCACAAUCACCGUCAAAGACACAAUCUUUCAGCUCGCCCAGUCCGCAAUCUCCUUCCAAUCCCAGCAUAACGACAAACAUCUACAAACAGCAUGGGACGACAUCGUCCAAGCGUACGGCGAUGACCACAAGGCCUUUGCAAACGCCUUCACGCCGCCUUCGCACGAGCGCUGCUCGCCUAGCCAGGAACUCGCCUACCUCUCCAGUCUCACAGACACGGAGAAUGCGUCGCUGGAUAGAGUCGACAAGUCGGGCCUGUUCAGCGGACUGACGAGCCAGGAUCUGUUUCAGAUGGGCAGGGACCAAGUUUGCAGCAACUCCAUCGUCGUGAGAGACGGCUUCAUCGAAAUGCUUGACUUGGCGCAGGAGAAUGGGUGGCAUGUUGCCGUCAUCUCCGUGAAUUGGUCCAGGGCGUUUAUAGAGGGCGUGCUUCAUCCGCACAAUAUCCCCAUCAUCACCAACCGCAUCUCCGCCGACGGCACAAUCCAAGGCCCUGACGAGUUCAACGACGGCGUCAGGUUAACCACUUCGCGGGACAAGGCCAACUCACUGAACCAACUCAUCUCUACACAAGAGCACUCCUCUCAUCCGACCGUCUACUUUGGCGAUUCAACUACCGACAUGGAAUGUCUCCUUGCCCAUCACGGCAUUGUCAUAUCUGCCGACGCCACAUCGUCGCUCAUGCAAACACUCGAGCGAGUUGGCAUCCGCGUCCCGCACGUCGGCCACCCCGAAGACGGAGCAAACAUCUUUUGGGCACGAGACUUUCGUGAGAUUUUGGAAAGCCAGACCCUAGACCGUAUUUCCAAAACCUCAUGA